AUGUACUCUAGCGAUACUUUGUUUCCAGGCAGAGUAGCCGACUUUCCUUACCCGAAUCCAUCGGUCGCCCAGUUUAGCCCAUCCCUCAGUCGGCCUCCGACAGCUCCGCCGCACCGGCUUACCACUCGCCUCGUGACCGUGGCCGCAGCGGCCUCAAGUGGGGAACAGCAACAUAAGAUCCUUCACACCGUGUUCACACCGUGUGGCAACACGCCCGCCGACGCCCGCCAAAAUCGGGUCCCCUCCCACAGAUUCUUCUCGGUCUCAUUGCAAAUAUUUCCUACAUUCCACGCCCGCCGCCCCCAACGCACCAUCUUCGUCUGCAGGGCUCCGUGGCUCACCGCCUGCCGCAUCCCUUUUGCCGUCUCGCUGCCGACUCAGUGCGCGCGUCACGUGCUGCGACCCACAUGCCGCGCGCCGCCGCAUCGGCGCGUGGCCCUGCGCGCUUGCGUUACCCAGCGAAGCAUCGCCCCCGCGCUCGCAGUGCUGCGCCGCGCCGCCGACUCGCAGCACCUGGACGUGGCGCCGCUCAACGGCCCCGUGCGCCUGACGGAUCUGUUUUUCAGCGAGAGCAAGCGGUCCAACCUCACGGCGAUCAGAACGCCGUGUUCCUCAAGACCGUUGAGGACGCGCUGCGCCGGCUACUGGCGCUAG